AAUAUAAUUGGUGGAGUAAAACACACAUUGUCAAUCACGUGCAGUGACGAGGGAAAUAAAUGUAGGUUAACAACGACCAUUAUAACUAACAGGUUGCAACUUAACGAGUGCAGUAGACAAGUAGAACUCGACAGAGUAUCUUACACAACCUAAACAGAUGUCUUCCGUAAAUAAAGAUAUCGUACUGGUGACCGGUUCGAGUGGAUUCUUGGGUCAGCAUAUUGUCAAAUUAUUACAAGAAAAAGACGAUGAAGUCGAAGAGAUUAGACUGUUUGAUAGUCGCCCUUAUAAAAAUAAUUUAGGCCACGAAGAAAAGAAACCGAUGAAACAUAUAAUUGGAGAUCUUAGAAAUAUGCAAAAGUUAGAAGAGGCUUUGACUGGCGUCACCUGCGUCAUUCAUGCCGCGGCUGUUAUAGAUGUUUCGUUAUUUUCGGAUCGAGAAUUAUUGGAAUAUGUGAACGUUAAUGGAACAAAAAACGUCAUCGACGCUUGCAUCAAGAAAAAUGUACCAAAACUGAUUUUCACCAGCAGCGUAGAUGUUUGUAUAGGAGGGGAACACAUUUUUUAUGGCACCGAGAGCACAACUCCAAUCCCAAAAAAGUUCUUAAUGGGCCCUUAUGCAGAAACUAAAUGCCGGGCGGAACAAAUGAUUUUGGAUGCUAGUGGAACUCUGCUCAAUGAUGGCGAAACGAAACUUCGAACUCUUUCCUUACGACCUACUGUAAUCUACGGAGAAGAGGAUCGCUUUCUCGUCACUAGCAUUUUAAGGAUGGCUAAAGAAAAUAAUGGAAUAGUAAGAAGAAUCCAUAGCUUGGACGAACGAUUGCAGAUGACUUACGUUGGAAAUGCGGCUUGGGCACACAUAAAAGCCAAACAAACAAUUGGCAAAGACGAAUCAGUUUCUGGUGAGGCAUUCUUCGUCACGGAUGAUACACCAAUUAUCGAUAUAUACGAAAACAUCCGUCCCUUCGUCGAAGAGCGAGGAUUUAAAUUAAGUGAAUAUGUCAUUCCAUACUGGAUCGUCUUUCUCUUCUUAUUUUUCAUCGCUUCGAUAACAAGAUUGAUCAGCUUCGUUUUCGUCCCACCCUGGAGAAUACAAAAUCCCAGCACGCUCGAUUAUAUUUGCUCUACUUUCUUCUUUAAUCGAAGCAAAGCAAUUUUGAGAUUGGGAUAUCAGCCUAUUUACACACCGGAAGAAUCGCGCGAGAAAUCGAUAACAUUUUAUUCUAAAGUGCAGUUAUAAAUUUUUCUAAUUAUGUUAUGGGAUUUAACAAAAAUAAAAAAAUAAAUAGGCCUAUAUCUUAAUUAAAAUGAAAUAUAAU